AUGGCGGAGCGGUAUAUCCCAGAACAUCGUCGCACUCAGUUUAAGGCUAAGAGCUCCUUCAAGCCAGAUGAGCUCCGCCGUCGUCGUGAGGAGCAGCAGGUCGAGAUUCGGAAGCAGAAGCGCGAAGAGAACCUCGCAAAACGGAGAGGCAUUCAGACCCGUGAUGGAGGCAUCGGUGUAGGCGGAGGCCCUGGUCUUGCUGCCGAUGAUAGUGAUGAGGAGGGUGGAACCAUUGAGAGUGAGCUGAACUCUGAGCUUCCGGAGAUGGUCAAGGGUGUUUUCUCCGACCAAAUCGAACUGCAGAUACAGGCCACCACCAAAUUCAGAAAACUUCUUUCCAAAGAACGGAACCCUCCUAUCGAGAGAGUCAUUGAAACUGGCGUUGUCAGCCGCUUCGUUGAAUUCCUUCGUUCACCCCAUACUCUGGUCCAGUUUGAGGCCGCUUGGGCAUUGACCAACAUCGCUUCCGGAUCUGCACAGCAAACCCAGGUUGUCAUCGAAGCUGGUGCUGUUCCUAUUUUCGUUGAGCUUUUGAGCAGCCAUGAGCCCGAUGUGAGGGAACAGGCUGUUUGGGCGUUGGGCAAUAUUGCUGGUGACAGCCCUCAAUGUCGCGAUUUUGUUCUUGGCGCUGGAGCUCUCCGUCCUCUCCUCGCCUUGAUUGGUGAUGGUCGUAAGCUUAGCAUGCUUCGAAAUGCCACAUGGACUUUGAGCAAUUUCUGCCGUGGAAAAACUCCCCAGCCUGACUGGCCAACGAUUCUGCCUGCUCUGCCCAUCCUUGCUAAAUUGGUGUACAUGCUUGAUGACGAGGUCCUGAUCGACGCCUGCUGGGCCAUCUCCUAUCUCUCAGACGGAUCAAAUGACAAAAUCCAGGCCGUGAUCGAAGCCGGAAUUCCUCGUCGGUUAGUUGAGCUGUUGAUGCACGCCUCUACAUCCGUUCAGACACCAGCUCUCCGGUCUGUUGGUAAUAUUGUUACUGGUGAUGAUGUCCAGACCCAAGUAAUUAUCAACUGUGGGGCUCUUCCUGCCCUACUUUCCCUCCUCAGCUCCACGAAAGACGGUAUCCGAAAGGAAGCUUGCUGGACCAUCUCCAAUAUUACUGCUGGCAAUUCUACGCAAAUCCAGGCAGUUAUUGAUGCUAACAUCAUUCCUCCAUUGAUUAACCUUUUGUCGAACGGAGAUUUCAAGACUCGGAAAGAAGCCUGCUGGGCCAUUUCAAACGCCACGUCUGGAGGCCUUCAGAAACCAGAACAAAUCCGCUAUCUCGUAUCUCAAGGAUGCAUUAAGCCGCUUUGCGACCUUCUUGCAUGCCCUGAUAACAAGAUUAUCCAAGUUGCCCUGGAUGGUCUGGAGAAUAUUCUGAAGGUGGGAGAGAUGGACAAGGAAUCUGCUCAGAUGGGAGAACCUAGCGUGAAUCGCUAUGCCCUGUUCAUCGAAGAGGCCGGCGGCAUGGAGAAGAUCCACGAUUGCCAGAACAACGCCAACGAGGAAAUCUACAUGAAGGCAUACAACAUCAUUGAACGCUACUUCUCCGAUGAAGAGGAAGCUGGUGCUGAUAUUGACGAACUUGCACCCCAGCAAACACAGGCCGGUUUCACCUUGGGUACCAACCAACAACAAGCCGGAUCCUUCAACUUUGCCAAUGGUGGAGAUAGCAUGGACAUGUAA